CUCGAAAUGAAAUGUAAAAGUAACAACGUUCAAUUCUUCCGCUGUAUGAAAGAGCCGUUAAAAAAGCGCUGGGGAAAAAAAAUCAUCCCCUGGAGUAUUUUGUAUGAAACACUUGUAUUUCAGAGUGAAAAUAUGAGAGUAGCCUACAGGAGCGGAAUGGCUGAGAAGAUGCUGGAUGUCAGUCUGGCAGCAGCAGUGUGAAUGUUCCAGAUGAUCAAACAUCUGGCAGAUGGGUGAUGCUGAAGGCUUCACAAGUCCUUCCAAAGAGUUAUAUAUUCAUUAACUUUUCAGAGUUGGGGAUUUCUCCAAAGCACUUGUUUCCAGCGCGUCACUGUUUAUGAAGCAUAUUCCUAAAGAGAGUUCGUUCCAGAGAGUUGUAGGACAAGAGAACCAUGGCUGUGAGGUGGGCAGAAGGCUCGGUUGUUCUACUGUCCUUUGUGGCGGUGGGAAGUGCUUUCUCUGGUGUUUUCAAUGCUUCAGAUGGAAGCCUUUUUAACAGUAACUCUGAGCAGUUAAAAUUUACAGCAGGCAGCACUUCACAACAGAGGAGGCGUUCGGAAACCAGCCCUCACCCCAGCCUGUAUUUUGACCGAGCGGACGUCCAGCUGCUCAGGCAGAGAUCCACAACUACCCACAACCAUAUUUUUAAAAUUAUCCGCACCGCUGUAGCCACAAUGUUGUCUAACAUUCCUCUCUACCUCCCCCCUGUAAACCACGAGGAGUUUGCCAGCAAGUGGAAUGAAAUAUAUGGAAAUAAUCUGCCCCCUCUUGCCCUUUACUGCUUGAUAUGCCCUGAAGACACACCAGCCUUCCAGUUUCUUGUGAAGUACAUGGAUCGCAUGGCAGACUACCCAGACUGGAUGGUGAAUAGUGCCCCGAAUGAUGAAGUCCCAAUGGCACACUCCCUUACUGGGUUUGCCACUGCCUUUGACUUCAUUUACCCGUCCCUUGAUAAGCAGCAGAGAGAGCGCUACUUAAAGAAAAUUCGUUUGGUAACGGAACAGCUUUAUGAACUGUCCAAAUACAGGAGCUGGGGCAAGCAGUUUUUACAAAAUCACCAGACUACUAAUAUUUUAGCCAUCCUGAUUGGUGCUAUUGUGGCUGGAAUGCACAAAGACCCAGAGACAAUCAUCUGGAAACAAGUUUCGAUAAACUACAUGGAAAAGACAAUGUUUCUCCUGAACCAUGUAGUGGAUGGGUCUCUCGAUGAAGGAGUAGCCUAUGGAAGCUACACGGCCAAGUCCAUCACGCAGUAUGUGUUCCUGGCACAGCGGCACUUCAAUGUCAGCAAUACUCAGAACAACUGGCUCCGAGCACAUUUCUGGUUCUACUAUGCCACCCUCCUCCCAGGCUUCCAGCGGACAGUAGGCAUAGCAGAUUCCAACUACAACUGGUUUUACGGGCCGGAAAGCCAGCUGAUCUUUCUGGACUCCUUUGUGCUACACAAUGGCACUGGGAACUGGCUAGCCCAGCAAAUUCGGAAACAUCGGCCCAAAGAUGGUCCCAUGGGUCAGUCUUCAGCACAGCGCUGGGCUACACUGCACACGGAGUACAUCUGGUACGAUGCUCACCUCGUCCCACAGCCACCACCUGGGUUUGGAAAAGCAAGAACACAUAUCUUCCCCAACUGGGGUGUGGUUACAUAUGGUGCGGGCCUGCCUAGCGGCCAGGAUAACACAUUUGUCUCCUUCAAAUCUGGGAAACUAGGUGGCCGGGCAGUUUACGACAUUGUCCAUGCCAAGUUGUACUCCUGGGUCGAUGGCUGGAGUAACUUCAAUCCAGGGCAUGAGCACCCUGACCAGAACUCGUUCACUUUUGCACCUAACGGGCAGGUUUUUGUCUCAGAAGCAUUGUAUGGGCCCAAAUACAGCUACUUGAACAAUGUACUGGUGUUCAGCCCCUCCCCUACCAGCCAGUGCAACGAGCCAUGGGAGGGACAGCUUGGAGAGUGUGCCAGGUGGUUAAGAUGGACAGACAAAGAAGUGGGAAAUGUAGCUGGAGAGAUCAUCGCUGUUUCGACUCAUGAAGACUUGAUGUUUGUGAGUGGAGAGUCAGCGCCAGCCUACUCCUCUGCUAUGAAGUUAAAGAGCGUGUACCGUGCCCUCGUGCUGCUCAACUCCCAGACCUUACUGGUGGUAGACCACGUGGAGAAGCAGAGUGAUUCACCCGUGAACACAUUUAGUGCAUUCUUCCACAAUCUGGACAUUGAUUUCAAAUACGUUCCCUACAGGUCCAUGGAAAAGUACAACGGGGCCCUGAUGGACGUGUGGGAUGCUCAUUACAAAAUGUUUUGGCUUGACGAUCAAGGCGCCAGUCCCACUGGUCAAAUACAGGAAACAGAACAGGCAGCAGAGUUCAAAAAAAGGUGGACACAGUUUAUAAAUGUCACUUUCCAAAUGCGGAGCACUGUCACACGGAUUGUCUAUGUGUUGCAUGGGCCUUACGUCAGAAUAUCCAACUGUCAAUUCACCGACAAUAGCAAAAAUGGGUUAAAGCUGUCUGUGACUAUUAAUAACACAGAAAAAAUUGUGUCCUUGGUAACAAACUACAAAGACAUAGCUGCCCGUUUCAGCUAUUUAGGAUUUGGGGGAUAUGCCAAAGUGGAGGAUCGACAUCAAAUAACACGUUUUGGCUUGGGAACUGAGGUUGUUUCCCAAGAAAACACAACAGACAACAGUCUGUUUCACUUUGGAUUUACAGUAAAUGUGAUAGCUGGCUUGAUGCUAUUUGUUGGUAUUGGAUUUUUGACAUUGCAGCGAAAGUUUUAUAUUUGUUUCAGCAAACUGGUACGCUGCGCUCUUCUUUCUAUCCUUUUACUCUGGAUGAUUGAGCUUCUGUUUGUUUCUAGUAACUGUGAUCAGAUCCUCUGCGGCAUGAAAUGGAAAGGAAAAACAAGUGAAUCCCCAGCAACCACAAAGGCCAAACCCUAUGAUCGCCAUCACAUCUUGCUGCCAACCGUUGUCAUAACAACCUUACCUGGCUCGGGGGCAGAAAUAUUAAAGCACCUGUUCUACAACAGCUCAGAUUUUCUCUACAUCAUGGUGCCAACAGAGCACGUAGAUGUUCCAGAGACAGAAUUUGAUUUUGACUCUUUGGUGGAUGCUUGUGAAUGGUCAACGCUCGAUGCUCGGCAAGGUCAGUUCAGAAUAAUCCAGGGUUGGUUGAGAUCCCUGGUGUACAGCACUCGGUUGCACCUGCAGAACAUCCAGCUGCAUGAAAGCAACAAGGCCAAGCAUGCACUGAGAGGUGGCAUCUCCAAGAGAACAAGGAUCCGGUGGAAGGAACCUGUGUUUGAACAGAAGACCUGGAGCAAGAGAAGCUUAGAUAGGGAUGUAGAGUACAUCAGAGAACUACGACAGCAUCUCAAUCAAAACCCAAACGCUCGAGUCGUGCUGAACUUGAGGAGUGGCAGCUGGGCUCUGAAACUCCCCUUCAUCCAGGAGGUCAUCGGUUCCUCUAUGAGGGCAAUUUAUGUCGUGAGAGAUCCUCGAGCUUGGGUAUACGUAAUGCUUUAUAGCAGCAAGCCGAGCCUCUAUUCGCUCAAAAACAUACCACAACAUCUGGCUCUCAUCUUCCAAGAGAACAGCGGCAGGAACAAGUGCCCUGGCUUAAGGGUUGAAUUUCGGGUCCUGAAGAGAGUCUUGACACUCUCAAAGACCAACCCGGUGCUGGUGCUUGCUCACCUGUGGCUGGCGCACACGGCCUCAGCUCUCAGGGUCCACGACAGCCUCCCCACAGACAGUUACCUUCGAGUGAAAUUCGAAGACAUUGUUCACUUCCCUCAGGAGACUGCAGAAUUGAUACACAGCUUCCUGGGAGUCCCUGUCACGCCAGCAACCCUCAAUCAGCUCAUGUUGACAACCUCAACGAACCUGUACAGCCUCAUGUAUGAGGGUGAUAUAUCACCGUCCAACAUCAAUGCAUGGAGAAGGAACAUGCCCCAGAAGGAGAUCAGAAUAAUAGAGGACACAUGUUGGUUCGUGAUGAAAAGACUAGGUUACUCAAGAUUUGUGAGCUAAGCGCUGCAGGUCAGCUGUACUUUGUCAUGGUAUAUUUUCCUUUUCUGUUUGUUUUGCACUAAGAGCACAUGGAGGCGAAGUUAAACGGAACAUACAAAUGACUGAAGGCAGCAGUUGUAUAUUUUAAAAUAAAAUUUGAUGAAAAACAGAAAUAAUUCUCGAAUGUUUGGCAUCCACUGGCGAAAAAUGUUGAAUAUACGGUAAUUUGUCGAUGAUUUUUAUGUGUGACUUUGCAAAAGCUUUAGAGGUGGUAGUUUGAUUAAGGGUGUUUAAAUAAUUCAGUACCUUUACAAAACAGGGAUGUACAAAUUAGUAAAUAAAAAGUGAUUAAAGAAAA